CCUCGUGCUUCGGUCAGUCAACGACCGUUCUGCAUAGACUCAAUAUGGAGAUGAGUGGAUGAACUCUAUUCGCCUCCGUGAACGUCAUGUUCACCUGCGAGCAAUGCCACAAAGCGUUCAAGACACGCACGUCGCUCACGCGUCACGCGCACAACCACACCCAUGGCCGCCUUCCUCACACCUGCAACAUCUGUCAGGUAGCCUUUGCCCGACGUGACGUGCUCCGACGACACUUGCGCACCAGCCAUGCCGUCGGCGAGACCGCGAGGAAGCGAUGCCAUACGGCCUGCGAGGCGUGUCGAGCCGCACGCAUCAAGUGUGAUGGCAAUGUGCCCUGCCAUGAUUGCUCCAUCCAUGGUAGGCAAUGUCGCAGUGCCUCCGCCCGCGGCAGGGUGAGCCAAGCUGUUCCUCAAGAUCAAAGACUUGGUGCAGACACUUCUCCACCCGGGGACGCCGGUGCGGAUGACACUCCCUGGUCAAGCGAGGCAUCACCCAACAACGUCUUCGCCGCUGCUAAUCUGGACUUUGCUGAACCUCCUAACCAUCAGCACGUUGAAAACUGCGCCCUUGAAUCGACGAUGCCUGGGUCGAGCUAUCUCCCUCUGCCAAGCGGUGAGAUUGCCGGUUUUGAGACCACUGCCUGGCCGUGGCUUCACGAGAACCUCUACCUCCAAGAUGAACCCUUGUUUGACCAAAUCUUGAACAACGUAGCUCCGAUUCGAAUGUCAACUGGCCCGCCCGCGGACAGCGGCCCUGUUUACAACCACAGUUCUGUUCUGCCCUUUACCGUAGAGGAAGCGGAUAUUCCUCAGAGGCCAAAAGACACCUUGACUUCCAUUGUGGAAGAUCUUGUGGCAUACGCUGCAUCGGUCUCUUCGGUCUCGACCUCCCCGGAGGAUCGGUGUAAUGCAUGGACCACUGCAGCCCAUCGCCUCGAGAAGCUACGGUCGGAUUACACCGCUUCGACCGACCCGACACGACCAGCUACGCAUCAUCUGCUCAAUGGCUUCGUCAGCAUCCACAUGGCACAGUUCAAUCCUUUAUGGCCAUUGUUCUCUCAGGACGGGUUUAAUGCAGACAAUCUACAUCCUGUCUGUUACUUGACACUAACUUCGAUCGGGGCCAUGUACGGUAGCUUGGAAGAUCGGAGAUACGGCACGCUCAUGCACGAGAGGCUACGUCGCCUACUAUGCGCUGCCCUCUUUGAUCUGGAAAGUGGCCAAGACGACCUCGUCUGGCUCAGCCACGCAAGAUUAUUGACGCAAGUAGCCGCCCUUUACUUCGGCCAAAAGCAAGCUUUCUCCUACGCGCAGCACCUUGGUGCUAUCUUGGUAGCACAGGCACGGCGUAUGAAUCUGUUUGCUCGGACCAAGCAUCCUGCUGCCACAAGCAGGCCACACGCCCCGGCCGCUGCGGCGGAGAGAUCUUCGUGGAGCUCGGCGGAACAGCAACGUAGGCUCGCUUUCGGCAUUCUCAGGGCCGAUGUUUUCACCAGUACACUAUUGAACACGCGGCCAUACCUGACUUACGAAGAAUUCAGAAUCACUCUUCCUCGAUCAGACAGCCUCUGGCACAACGAUAAAUGCCUCACAGUGGAGCAAUUGCUGGUUGCACAGCAGUUCGAAGAUGAGCAACACCCCCUGAACUUCGCAGAUUUGGUGCAUAUUGCGUUGGAAAGGGACGAAGAUCUACCCCAGCUUACGGCCGCUGGCUAUGAGUUAUGCCUGUUCGGGCUUCAAGGACUUGUAUGGUCAUUCUCACAAGACACCGAUGUUCUACACCAGAUGAAGGAACACAUGGCAUCAAGCGGCGAAUUCGACGAGUGUUCUGCUUCUGCUACGCGGGACGCCGUAGCCCACCCUAAGACUGCAGGCGAAUAUUCACCCCCUUCGAAUACGAUCUCCAACUCUCGCUCCUUAAUGACUUCUUCAUACAGCGACAAUGGGCCAGAUGCACUGGCUGUCACGCCGCGACGGAUGAGCAAUCUCCAAUCUGGGUAUGCUAGGCUAGUAGAUGCUUUGCAUCGAUGGCAUCGAGACAUGCGGCGUGCUCGUCCAGACGCGCGACGAGACUCUCGAAUGAGCGGCAUGCUCCUCUACCACAUCAGCCACCUACAACUAUUCACAUCUCUCCAGGACCUCCACCACAUCUCUUACGCUUGUAUGGAGGAGCGCCCGGCGGACCACACCAUCUUGACCAAAGUUCAGAGGUGGGUGGUCAGUAAGCAGGCUUCACUUGCGCGCUCGCACGCUUGGAGUAUUUGGUCGAUCGUUCGAGACGAGCAUCGCCGUGAGAUCCAUCAGCGCUCACGUUUCAAUUUCCUGGCGUUUUGUGGCCUCCAUCAUGCCGCUGUCGUCAUUUGGACGAUGCACGCAGGUCGCAACGGCGAUCCUUCUCACGAAAACCUGGCAGAUCAUCUCGACGUCCGGCAAUGGUUAUCGGAAUGUGCAGCCAUGUUCGACGCUUUGAGUCCGCUUGGAGGCGCUUCGUUCGGAGCCGCUGCUCGCAAACUUGCACGUCGUCCGUUCCCCGUGUGCUCGAACGUGGCGAGUGGUUUGACUGCGAGAGUCCCCUGAGUUUGUAGCGUAGCGUUGCACGACUACGAAGAGCUUUUUUUUCAGGCUUGUGCAUCGGCAGGACUGGACCAGGAGACUUCCGGAAGACAGAAUAUUGAAGCCGCCACCACGAAAGACGGCGCGAUUCGAUACG